AUGUCAGUGACAACAACAACGACAAACCAAUAUCUAAAUAACUCCUCCCAAAAAUCGCCACAAAAAAUAGACAAUUCGAAUGGAAAUAAAACUACUUCAGUGACAUUGAGCGAUGAUUUGAUUACAAUUUUAGAAGAAAGUUUAUCGGAAUUAACCGAUGACAUAUUAAAUGAAUUACAAACAUUGGCGAAUAAUGAAAAUAAACAAAAUAAUGAUUUAAACAAUAAUUUUAGUACAGAGGAAAAUAAACGUUACAGACCCCAACAACAGCUGCAGCGACAACAAUUUACUGCCGAUGUUACACAAGCCAUUAUUAGUGAAUAUUAUAAUGGUUCGAAUUGUAUCGAGUUAUAUCUUAACGGUUGGUAUUAUCGUGGUUUCGUCGACACAGGAACACCGGUAACAUGUUUAGGUUUCGGUUGUAUAGAUUUUAUACAACGUAACGGUUUAGAUAUCUAUCCAACAUAUGAGACCUACAUUCGAACAGCUAAUGGACAAAUUAAUGACAUUGUGGGUAGUGUACGUCUAAAUGUCACCUGUAAUGGUCAAAUGAAAAUGAUGACAGUGUUUUUGGUACCCUCAUUAAAGAUACGCAUAUCAAUUGGUUUAGAUUUAAUUGAAAUGUUUAAUAUAAGAGCAUCGCAAUAUUUGCAGAUAUUUUAUGUUUUCUAUCAUCCCGCAGAUAGCGGGGCGGUAUCAUUGACCAGUGAAAAUAUUGAUAUGACAUUAGCCUCUAAUGAAUUGGUAUUCUUAAAUUUUUAUGCCGAAUGGUGUAGAUUUAGUAAUUUAUUAGCACCCAUAUUUAAUGAGGCUGCAGAUAAGGUCCGCGAAGCCUUUCCCGAUCCCGGUAAAGUAGUCUUAGGUAAAGUUGAUUGUGACAAAGAAACUGCAAUUGCAUCCCGCUUUCACAUCACCAAAUAUCCAACAUUGAAAAUUGUACGCAAUGGCCAGCUGUCGAAACGUGAAUAUCGUGGACAACGUUCAGCAGAGGCAUUUUUGGAAUUUGUCAAAAAGCAAUUAGAGGAUCCCAUUAAAGAAUUCCAUUCGUUGAAAGAUUUGGAAACAUUGGAUUCGAAGAAGCGCAUAAUUAUCGGUUACUUUGAUCGUCGUGAUCAACCGGAAUAUGAUACAUUCCGUAAAGUUGCCUCCAAUCUCAAGGAUGAAUGUCAAUUUCAUGUUGGUUUUGGUGAGGCUGCCCAGGCAAUGCAUCCACCGGGUGGUGAAAAUAAACCCUUAGGUAAUGCAAUACUUAAUAUAACUUUAGGACAUCCCAUCAUCGUAUUCCGUCCCGAUGUGGCACUGACCCAUGAAAAUGAUGAAACCUAUACGGGUAGCCUUAAAAAUUUCGAUGAACUAAAAAUAUGGAUACAAGAGAAAUGUGUACCAUUGGUGCGUGAAAUUACCUUCGAAAAUGCCGAAGAAUUGACCGAAGAAGGUUUGCCCUUCUUGAUAUUAUUCCAUCACCCGGACGAUACUAAUUCGAUUAAGGAUUACAAGGCCAUCAUUGAACAACAGCUGAUGGAUGAGAAACAAAAUGUCAACUUCCUAACGGCUGAUGGUAAACGUUUUGCCCAUCCCCUGCAUCAUUUGGGAAAAUCGGAAGAAGAUUUACCCAUUAUUGCCAUUGAUUCGUUCCGACACAUGUAUUUGUUCCCCAACUUUAAGGAUAUGUAUCAGCCGGGUAAAUUGAAGCAAUUCUUGCAGGAUUUGUACAAUGGCAAGCUGCAUAGGGAAUUCCAUUAUGGCCCCGAUCCAGUGACAAAUGAAAUCCAAGCCGAUGUAAAUUCCAAUACAUCACCGCCCGAAUCAACCUUCAAGAAAUUGGGACCCUCCAAGAAUCGUUACACUCUCCUAACCAAGGAUGAACUGUAA